ACUGAAAUUAUUUAGUUAAAAAUAAUAUGUAUUUAUAAUUUCAUUUAAUUCGUGCAAUUUGAAAGUUGCGCGCUGUAUGUUAGUUCAUUUUUAAAUUUGCGAUCAGAAGCGGACUGGUCGAGAACAUCGGGGAAAUUGGGAAAAAUCCUUGUGGACCGGUACGGAUUUGGUGGCACUCUAUCUAAAAUUUAAUUAAUGAACCAAAAAUGGAGGGCCAGUCGUGUUGGUAAUAUCCCGGCAAAACUGUCUAUGAGCGAACGAGAUAUGAUGAAAAUUUGUUGCUUGUUGUGAAGCACACGUUUAAGUGCGUGCAUCCCGAAUUAUUUAAAAAAUCGGUGGACGAGGAAUAUCGAAAAAAUGUCAUCGAAAUGAAAAUUUGCAAAAUUGUUUAUGUUAUAACAAUUAUAUGGCAAAUAACGUGGACCAUUUGCAACUCUUUUCAAUAGCAUAUGACGAAAAAAACAGGGAAAGAUGCAUAAAUGAAUCACGAAAAAUAGUACGUCUAUAUAUAUGUAUAUAUGUAUGUAUGUAUAUUACAUAUUAGUGGGUAUAUAAAAGGAAUAGAUACAAAAGAGACGUGAAAAUAGUAAAAAAUGAAUAUUCUGUAUGAUGGCCGGGUGAUAAAUGGCGAAUGUCGUCCCUGAACCACAGUGCGCGUCUACGAUGCGCAAAGGUACUACGGCGUCGGGAGUCAGUCAACCCGGUGACGUCUCACAAUGUGUGUCGUAUGGUGAAUUUGUUGUGCCGGUAUUUAUAAAACUGAAACGAAAUAAUAGAUUUACAUACUUAGUCAAAUGAUAAAUUGGUGUAAUCGCGGUAGUAAUUUGAAGAACGAAUCGAAUCGAAAUUUGAGUGGACUUGGUUGAAAAGAAGUAAGAUAUACAGGAGUUGCGUUGGGCGUCUCUUGCAAACUGGAUCAGUGAAAAAUGUAAAGUCGGUACUUUUAUGGAUCGCAUGUGAUGUACGUGCGAUCGAUGGACGAAGGAUAAUCGAAAGAAAGAGAAGAUACGAAAUGAUUUCCCCGAACGAAUGUGAUUCACUUUGAAAGAAGAGGGUACACCGUUCUGGUGGUGUAUCAUUGUAACGAAUGAAUCGAGAAGCCGCCAUCGAAAUAAAAUUUCUAUUUUUCCGGAGUGAAAAAGCGGUACAUUGCCGCGCGUCAUUAUUUUCGUUGGACGAAGGAGCAUAAUAUCGUCGUAGGCGUGGAAAGAAAGAUAUGUUGCAGGAGAGAGAUCAUAGGAAAUACAAGAAAGCGUAGCGGGAACGUUCGAAAGAAUUGCGAAAGAAGAAAGAGCGUGAUCGAAAUAGAGAAGAAGCUGAGAGUGCAGAGAUUGGAAGAGAGUCAGCAAACGGUUGGUGGAGGUCAGCGAGAAGUAAGUACUCGUACUUAGAAGGCGCGCGCGCGACGAGUCUUUUUCUCGUCGUGAAGAUUCGCGAGGACUCGCGAGGAUGGAGGACGAGCUACGAUGCCCUUGUUGCAAAGAAUUAUUCGUCGAGCCGGUACUUUUACCCUGUUGGCAUGCUCUUUGUCUGGCGUGCGCGGUUAAUCUGCAAGCACCCCCGGAUUCUCCCCCGGAAUCGACAACCGAUUCAUCGAACGCGCCAGGAUCCGAUCAGGAAGCCGAUAAACUCUCGAUUCUUUCCGAGACGGAUUCCGGAGUGGUGUGCAGCAGCACGUCGACCAGCUCGCGACCAGGAAGCUAUGUUGGCACACCCGGAAACGGAGGCUUUCCACCGUCAGGAGGCACUUUGUGUCUCUCCUGUCCCGUUUGUCAAAAAACCGUUUACUUUGACGAAGGAGGGGCUCACAAUUUGCCCAAGUACAGGGCGAUGCAACAUAUCGUAGAGAAAUAUCAAGAAUCGAGAAACACGAGACUGCAAUGUCAAAUGUGCGAAGCCGAACCUCGGGACGCAACUGUCGCUUGCGAGCAAUGCGAGGUGUUGUAUUGCGACGGAUGCAGAGAAUCAUGUCAUCCGAAAAGGGGACCUUUGGCAACGCACAAUCUGGGCCCGCCUCGGGGCAGCUGGCAAUCGAACGGUGGAGGUAAAGGUGCUCGCGGCCCUGCCAUGGAAACUACACCACUAUGUACCGAUCAUAACGGCGAAACGUUGACGCUUUACUGCGCUCUUUGCAAGAUCGCAAUAUGCGCUCUUUGUCUUCGAGAUCGUCACGCAGCCCAUCCCCACGAUGUACUGCCGUUAGCCGCAGCCUGCAAGGCUCAAAAGACGGAGCUCUCGCAAAAUUUGCAACAACUAUCGGAGAGAGCCCGCUCGACUACGGAAUUCAUUCAGAGGCUCAAGGGAAUGACGGACAAAGUGCACGAGGAGUGCGUCACGUUGGAGGAAGAGGUGGAGGAUAGGGUGGCGAAUUUGGUGAGUCUUUUACAGGCGAGAAAAUCUCGAUUGAUCGAAGCGGCGCGGCAAACCCGUGAGGCGAGAGUGCGUUCUUUGCGGGAUCAAGUGGCCAGAUGCGCGUCUCACCUACAGGCAACCACCGCGCUUCUCACCUUCUGCAUCGAAGCCUUAAAAGAAAACGAUAGCGCGGCUUUCCUGCAAAUCGGUGGAAUGCUCUCGGUCAGAGCUGCUACCGCUGCUGGCUCUUGGGGUGGCGCCGAGGGAGUCCAAGAAAUCGCUCGACUGCCGUUGCUCGAUCUUACUCUGGAUGACAAACCGUUGCGUCGCGCUAUCGAUCAACUUACCUUUGUUCAGUUGAAACCAUCGGAAGGAGAAGAACGAUUCCCGAUUGCAGCCCCUGGAGCCCCGAUAUUGAUACCGGAAGAAUGCAGCGCGGAAAACAACAGCGUGACAGUCGCUUGGCAACCUCCACCUGGACACGGAAUCGUAGGGUGCGCCGGUCAACGAGGUCCUGCGAUCGAGGGGUACCUAUUGGAACUGGACGAUGGGUGCGGCGGCGAGUUCAGGGAAGUAUAUUGUGGCCGAGAGACGAUUUGCACCGUGGACGGAUUGCAUUUUAAUUCUCUGUACAACGCCAGAGUGAGGGCAUUCAAUAGCGCCGGGGAAGGCGAAUAUUCGGAGUUGAUCGGUCUUCAGACAGCCGAGGUGGCGUGGUUCUCGUGGGCGACUGGGGCAUCCGGUAUACCACAGGAGGUAUCAAUUUCCGAGGAUGCGAUGAGCGCGUCCUGCGAAGGGUACGAGCAUCGAGUCGUCCUCUCGAGCGUCGGAUUUUCACGGGGCGUCCAUUAUUGGGAGCUGACGAUCGAUCGUUAUCACAGCGACACCGAUCCGGCGUUCGGUAUAGCCAGAGCCGAAGUAUCGCGAGAUCGAAUGCUCGGCAAGGACGAUAAAGGUUGGAGCAUGUACAUAGAUCGGCAGCGUUCUUGGUUCAUGCACGGCGGGGGACACGCGCAAAGAACCGAAGGUGGCGUGCAACAAGGCUCGACGGUGGGCGUUCUCUUGGAUCUGGACACGACGCAUACGCUUCGUUUCUUCGUCAACGACCAGCCGCAAGGGGGAAUCGCGUUUCGCGAUCUGUACGGCGUGUUUUAUCCAGCUGUCAGCUUGAAUCGUGGGGUGACCGUCACUUUGCACACAGCCUUAGACGUGCCUCGUCACCUGUUGGCGUUGCACGAGGAAUACAUGACGGAUGCGAUUCAGAGCUAGGGGUACCUAAGUGUCCUGAAGAAGGGCCUCUUGCAGGAAGUCGGCUCGCUCGGUUCCGCUUCGGCUCCGACCGACAAAUCGUCCAGGGAAUUCAACGGUCAGCUCGAGAAGAUCGUCGAGGAGUGCCUCGGUGAGACCAACUGAUGUACGACCGGUUAACGAUGAUUUUUCAAAUUUAAGUCUAUUUUUUAUUCUGCAGAUAUCGAGCAAUGACUCGAUAUUUUAUUCCGUAUUCGAAAAUGUACUUUGUCGGUUCUUUUGGAGAUCACCGUGUUAGUUUUUGUCUUUACGUUCGUAAAUGGUUCGUGGCCUCUCGUAAAGUACACGCGAGGUAACCAACGUGUGACUGGUUGCCCGUCCAUCCAUCGUUCACGUUCGGCGAUAUCGUUUCGAUGAAACGAUGUAUCUUUUAACGAAAUUUUGCCAACCUUUCUCGGCAAAUAAACGGAAUUUUAUAAAGGGGAAGUAUGUCUGGACGACAUCGAAUCGAACUAUCCAUUUAUUCUAUUCUGCAAACGGCGAUUCUUACGACGCGCGGAAUUUUCUCGAGUUUUCAUGCAAAAUCACUGCCAGUAUCAAGAUUUAUCGAAUCGAAGACUGCCAUUCUCGAUAAGUAGGUAAGCCGAAAUGUUUUCCGUCUAACGAUCAUCAGCGCGGUCGUAUUCUUAUCCAUAUCGAUACGUAUAAGUGUAGUAGUCGCGUAGGCGUAAGAUAAACUCUAUUGAUAUUUAGUAAGAUGCAUUGCGAGAAAUAAAAAGAAGGAAGGAACGUACAGAGGAAAAAAAGAACGCGAACAAGUAAAUACGCUACGAAGAAACAAGCACGCAUGCACAUAAACUCGUAAGCUUUAACGAAAAGUAACGAGUCGAGUAAACGUUUUCUAGUCCCCGAUAGAAGUUUCCGUCUACCCUUCUCCGUGUUCGGUUUUGUCGCGCCCAUCUUUCGAAUUACUUGCUUUAAUCGCGCUAUUUUUCGUCACUUUUCGUGUUGUUGUUUUUCUUCUCCCCUUUUCCGUUCACAUACUAUUUUUUACCUAGAAAUAUGCGAGCGACCAUUUCUCAGCUUCGUUCGAAGCGAAAACUGCGAGUAUUCGACAACUUAAGCUUAUUUAAAAUAAAUGUUGCAGCGCACACUCGUGAAACUGUCCCUCCCGUCAGCGAGAGGGAUCAAGAUCGGCGUUGUACAUAUCUGUAUAUACAUAUUUCGAUUGUAUUUCCGAUAAAUUUGCCAACUGUAUUUACAAUCCUAUCAAUAAAACACACCAAAAACUAA